AUGCAUAUGGGGUUUUUUUUCCCUAUAUUGAAUGAUAAUCAUGUCAUGGAUUUCAAUGCCAGCAUUUCUGUUUUGGGAGUAGAGCAUAGCAGUGGUUGUGUUGGAUGCUAUAAAAGGCCUACACUGAGUACUACAGUGGAUGUGCCAUCAAAAGGAGUGGCCAAAAAAGGUAACUCGGUGAAGAAACUUAGUUCAUCCGAGGAUUUCUGGACCACCAGCACGCAUGAUAUGGACAACAGUGCCGUCCAGUCACAGGGAAGCAUUUCUUCAGCCAGCCUAACAAACCAAACUGUGGUUCCUCAUGCUAGUUCUUCCAAAAACAGCAGCAACCCCACUGAAUUUGUAAAUCAUGGUCUAAUUCUUUGGAAUCAGACUCGGCAACGCUGGGUUGGAAAUAAAAAGUCUGAAAAUCGAACACAGCAAUUACAAGAACCUAAAUUGAGUUGGAAUGCAACAUAUGAAAGUUUACUUGGCAGCAACAAGCCUUUCCGUCAGCCUAUCCCUCUUACUGAAAUGGUAGAUUUUCUUGUGGACAUCUGGGAGCAGGAUGGCCUAUACGACUGA